AAAAAAAAAAAAAAAAAAAAAACUCAAAAUUUUCUUCCAUUCCCUACUAGCUUUAAAUUGAGUGCUGUUCUUUCCAGGCAGGCGUAAUCACAACGACAGAUAGAAGAAUAAAGAGAAUGAGUGACUUAUUUCACAGGUCACGAUCACAAACUAGACAGACACACAUACAUGCGCGUGCUGCUGUUUGUGUGUUCUUUGCUUGGGCAAUUGCUCAGUGAGCCACCCAAACAUCAACAGGGUGAAGACGGACAUGUAACGAGCAGAGUUCGUCUUGUUCCGAAUGCGUCCUAAUCUAACGCUCUAUUGACCAGAUAACAGGAAGACCGCAAAGACGAACCCUAGGACAGAGGGGGGUUUGAUCUUGUAAUCAAACUGUAAUUGUAUAUAUGAGCAUUCUUGUUUUCUGUGAAAUAAAACAUGCAUCGUUAGCAUGACAUGCAUGUGAGUGUGUCUGCAUCUCCCAGUAGACGCUUCCUCCUUAUUUUCUUAUCUCGCCACAAGCUGCCACUUCUCCCCACAUUCAUUCUUUCUUCCGUGUUUUACAUUCUUUUUUUGCUGUUUUUCUCUGAAGCAAGGACACAUGUGAUAAACACGGAAAUGUUGUAUCAGCUAACACGUCAACAAUCCCGUUUCUCUCUCUCUGCAGCAGACAUGGUGGACACCCAGCAGCUCCUAGCCUGGCCCGUGGGCUUCAGUCUGAGCGCCGCUGAUCUGCCCGAACUGGACGAGAGCUCCCACUCGCUGGACACGAAGCACCUGACCACAUUGGACUACACCUCCAUCUCUUCCUCGUCCUCCUCCCUGUCGCCCUCGCUCUUAUCCUCCAUGUCGUCCGUCGGCAUGACCUAUGACCCCAGUCCACCCCAGGGCGAGGACCACCUCACCAACCUGGACUACACUAGUAUGCACAGCUACAGGACUCACACAGACAUACACAAUUCCAUCAAGCUGGAGCCAGAGUCGCCUCCGCAACACACUGACAGUGCAGUGUUCUCCAAGCUCCAGGAUGACGCGUCAACAGCCGUGCUCAACAUCGAGUGUCGCGUGUGUGGAGAUAAAGCCUCUGGGUUUCACUAUGGGGUCCACGCUUGUGAGGGAUGUAAGGGUUUCUUUAGGCGCACCAUCAGGUUAAAGCUGGUGUACGAUCACUGCGACCUUCACUGUCGCAUUCACAAGAAGUCCCGGAACAAAUGUCAGUACUGUCGCUUUCAGAAGUGCCUGAACGUCGGCAUGUCACACAAUGCUAUUCGUUUUGGCCGGAUGCCCCAGGCGGAGAAGGAGAAACUGCUGGCGGAGUUCUCGUCCGACAUGGAGCACAUUCACCCGGAGGCAGCCGAUCUGAGGGCCUUGGCCAAACAUUUGUAUGAGGCCUAUCUCAAGUACUUCCCCCUCACCAAGGCCAAGGCCAGGGCCAUCCUCUCUGGCAAGACUGGAGACAAUGCGCCUUUUGUCAUCCAUGACAUGAAGUCUCUGAUGGAGGGUGAACAGUUCAUUAACUGCAGGCAGAUGCCUGUUCAGGAGCACCAGCAGCAGAUUUCUGCCCUUUCCGCCACAAAUGGAGGUGCUGUUCUGGGGUCGGAGUACAGCUUCGUGGGAAUGACGAGCGUCACAGACCAUGGAACGACAAAUGCCGUUGAGCUGCGUUUCUUCCACAGCUGCCAGUCCCGCUCGGCCGAAGCUGUGAGGGAAGUGACCGAGUUUGCCAAGAGCAUCCCAGGAUUCGUCGACCUGGAUCUCAAUGAUCAGGUGACGUUGCUCAAGUACGGCGUGAUCGAGGUCCUCAUCAUCAUGAUGGCGCCUCUGAUGAACAAAGACGGCACCCUGAUCUCGUACGGCCAGAUCUUCAUGACACGGGAGUUCCUCAAGAGUCUCCGGAAGCCGUUUUGCCACCUGCUGGAGCCCAAGUUCGAGUUCUCUGUCAAGUUCAAUACGCUGGAGCUGGACGACAGCGACAUGGCAUUGUUCCUGGCCGUCAUUAUCCUCAGCGGAGACCGUCCGGGCCUCUUGAACGUCAAGCCCAUCGAGCAGCUCCAGGAGACGGUGCUGCACUCCCUGGAGGUGCAGCUCAAAGUCAGCCACCCGGACUCCCUGCAGCUGUUCGCCAAGCUGCUCCAGAAAAUGACCGACCUGCGGCAGAUCGUCAGCGACCACGUGCACGUCAUCCAGCUGCUCAAGAAGACCGAGGUGGACAUGUUGCUGCACCCGCUGCUGCAGGAGAUCAUGAAGGACUUGUAUUAGAAAUGAGACCACGACGGACACAUGAAGGUUGCGUCAAGGGUCCGGAAUUGAGAAAGAGACCAGGAGAAACAGGAAGGUCAGGAGUGUUUUCG